UGCACCAGUGGGGUAUGCAAACACAGCACUUCCUCUUUUGUUCUCAUGCCAAAUUCCACAAACUCAGAAUCUCUCCUCUUUUUCCUCUCUCACUCUCAAUGUUUCUUCUUUCUUACUACUACUUCCUUUGAAUUUUCCUCUCUUACUCUUUUCACAAACACAUAGCUAUGAACUUACCUUUCUUCUCAUUCUUUCUCUUCCUUGUUUCCUUUCACUUCAUAAUUGCAAAUGGGGUUUGUCAAUUUGAACAGAAGAAGAUUUUCAAACUGCAAAUGUUGCAGAGGAAACACCAAUUUGGUCCCAAAGGUUGCAUCCUCCCAGAAUCAAGAAAGGAGAAAGGAGCUAUUAUACUGGAAAUGAAGGAUAGAGGUUAUUGCUCAGAGAGGAAAAUUAACUGGAACAGAAAGCUUCAGAAACAGUUAAUAUUAGAUAAUCUCCGAGUUCGUUUGAUGCAAAACAGGAUUCGAACAAAGGUCAGUCAUGGCUUAGGACAAUCUUCAGAAAUCCAAAUUCCAUUAGCUUCUGGUAUAAAUUUGGAAACUUUAAACUACAUUGUGACAUUGGGAUUGGGUAAUCAGAACAUGACUGUGAUAAUCGAUACGGGAAGUGACUUAACAUGGGUUCAAUGUGAUCCUUGUUUGUCCUGUUAUAAUCAACAAGGACCUGUAUUCAACCCUUCUAAUUCGUCUUCCUAUAAAUCAUUACUAUGCAAUUCAUCAGCAUGUCAAAAUCUUCAACUUACUACAGGAAAUACAGAAGCAUGUGAAAGUAGUAAUCCAUCAAGUUGUAACUAUGCUGUUAACUAUGGUGAUGGAUCAUAUACUGAUGGAGAGUUAGGUGUUGAGCACAUUAAUUUUGGAGGUAUUUCCGUGAGUAAUUUUGUUUUUGGUUGUGGUAGGAACAACAAAGGUUUAUUUGGUGGAGUUUCGGGUCUAAUGGGAUUAGGAAGAAGUAAUCUUUCAUUGAUAUCUCAAACCAAUACUACAUUUGGAGGAGUUUUCUCCUACUGUUUACCAACAACAGAAAAUGGAGCUUCUGGUUCAUUAGUUAUAGGUAACGAGUCGUCGGUUUUCAAGAACCUUACUCCAAUUGCUUACACCAGUAUGGUUUCAAAUCCACAAUUAUCAAACUUUUAUAUACUCAAUCUCACCGGCAUAGAUGUAGGCGGUGUGGCUCUAGAAGAUACAAGCUUCGGCAACGGAGGCGUUCUGAUUGAUUCGGGGACGGUGAUCACUAGACUAGCACCAUCUGUUUAUAAUGCUUUGAAGACAGAGUUUUUGAAACAGUUUUCUGGUUACCCUUUUGCACCAGGGCUUUCAAUUUUGGAUACCUGUUUUAAUCUAACUGGUAUUGAGGAAGUUAGCAUACCUACCCUAAGUAUGCACUUUGAGGACAAUGUUGAUUUGAAUGUGGAUGCAACUGGUAUUCUGUAUAUGGUAAAAGACGAUACUUCACAAGUUUGUUUGGCACUUGCAAGUCUUUCUGAUGAAAAUGACAUGGCCAUCAUUGGGAAUUAUCAGCAAAGGAAUCAGAGGGUAAUAUAUGAUGCCAAACAGUCCAAAAUUGGAUUUGCAGUGGAGGAAUGCAGUUUCAUUUAAGUAGGGAACUUUCCUAUAAUAUGUCUCAUAUGGACACAAUUCUUAGCAGAAUUAAGCACAUAGUUUCUGCAAGAAAAAAUCCAGUUUUUUCUACUCUGACCAUUUAUACACGUGCAGCUAUGUUUGCCUUGCGUUAUAAGUUAUAACAAGGUAACUAGCAUAAGAAUGUCAUUUCCCAGGUUUUUCCUAGGUCUAGCAUUCUAUUGGUUUAACUGUAUUUCGAUAUUCAUUAUGAUUAAUGAAUUAUUUCAACAUCACAAUA